CACUCAUGUGAAGUAAAUAAGGUGGUGGUUGUGUCAAAUGUCCAAUCGUCAAUAGACGUAUCCUUCUCAAUAAUUUCACAAAGGUACUGAAGAUAAAGAUGGCUUUUAGCGAGGAGAAAGCACAGCAAUUGCUGAUGGAUGCAGAGAAAAAAGAAAAAUCAUCUGCAGGAUUUUUGGCAUCAUUUUUCGGGUCACAGAGUAAACUUGAAGAUGCUGCUGAAUUGUAUGUACGAGCUGCCAACAUGUUCAAGAUGGGAAAGAAAUGGGCAGAGGCAGGGAACUCAUUUUGUAAAGCAGCUGUGCUGCAGUUGAAGGUUGGAAGUAAUCAUCAAGCUGCUACAGACUAUGUUGAUGCUGGAAACUGUUAUAGGAAGGCUGACCCUAAUGAGGCUGUAACGUGUUUAUUAAAAGCUGUAGAAAUAUAUACAGAUAUGGGGCGAUUUUCAAUUGCAGCAAAGCAUCAUGUAAAUAUUGCUGAGAUUUAUGAAACAGAACUUGUUGAUAUUGAAAAGGCUAUAUCGAGCUAUGAACAAGCAGCUGAUUAUUAUAAAGGAGAAGAGUCCAAGAGCUCAGCCAAUAAGUGUUUAGUAAAGGUAGCUCAUUAUGCAGCCCAGCUGGAGCAGUAUGAGAAGGCGAUACAGAUUUAUGAGGAGAUUGGAAUGUCUUGUAUGGAUAAUCAGUUGCUCAAGUACAGUGCUAAGGACUACUUCUUCAAGGCAGCCCUGUGCCAUAUGUGUGUAGAUGUACUCAAUGCUCAGCUUGCAAUCCAGAAAUACGAGGACAUGUUCCCGCAGUUUGGGGAUUCCAGGGAGUGUAAACUUAUCAAGAAAUUGUUGGGGGCAUGUGAAGAACAGAACACAGACACAUACACAGACGCAGUAAAGGAGUACGACAGUAUCUCGCGAUUGGAUCAGUGGACGACUACCAUACUCUUACGUGUGAAGAAAACAAUCAACUCAGAGGACCUGCGAUAACCUCUCGUUUAUCAUUACUGUUUGCCAAUAGACUUCAUUUUGUUAUUAUGCUGUGACCUUGACACUGAUAUUGAUGUUGACAUUAUCUGAGUUUUACUGGUAAUUAGUAUCUCCCAUCAUAGUCCAACAAAUUUUACUGUCUGUUUUGUUCUAUUAAUAGCAACUAGUUUUGAGAAAUGUUUCAAUUUAAAUUAUUUGAUAAAAUAGAUAUAUUGCUGUAUUCAUAGUAGUGUACAUAUCUUUGCAUACACAUUUUAUCUGUCCUUUUGAUGAAAAAUUAAGAUUUUGAAAUAUUAGAAUGGACAUUAAAUUGUAAGCUUAUCAAAAAAUUCCAAGUUUAUCAGUAUCUUAAUAUUUCAUUGAAUCAGUCAAACAUUUUGUACAGUGAGUUGGUAUGAGAGAUUAUAGAAAAAACAAAUGAGGUUAGAGGUCAUCAGGGUCAAAGGUGAUAAUGUUUUAUUGUGAAAACUGACAUUUUCAAAAGGAAUCUUGUAUUUGGGUGGUUGUGAGUUGGAAACGUUAUGUGAGGUAACAAACCAAAAUAUUUGCAUCAGUAUUUGACCCAGAUCUUUUCUUGUAUCAUAUACCAUCUAAAUACAAUUGUAUAUAUAGUAACUACAUGUUUCAUUAUUUACAAUCUUAAAGGUACUUGGUAUUUUAAUAUUUCUUCUCUGUAAUGAAGAUAGAUAUCUAUCUAGUGAGAGGCAUAUUAUGUGUAUUUAAUCUUUGAUGUGUGUUGCCAUGGAUAUUAGAUAUACAUGUAGAUAUCUUUUCACGCAAUGUAUUCUUACAAUAUCACAUAUAGGUACUAUAGAUAGAAAUAUCUUGUCCUAAAAAUAGUGUGUCUGAUGUCACAAGUAACUGUCUUGUCACAUAAAAUGCUUACCAAGUAUGUGAUGUCACUAAGACUACAGAUAGACAAAUUUGGUCAAAGAAGAAGCUUGUGUGAUGUCAAAGAUAUAUAGAUAAGGUAAAAUAAACUUUUUUUUUCUUAAGAAACAUUACACCCAAACAUAUAAAAUAUUUACUUUGAAUAAUUUCUGUAGUAGUAUGGGUCUCAUAAAUCAGAGGGAUGGUAAUCGAACAUCAAUCAAUUAAAUCAAUAAAAAUUAUAUACAUUACAUCUCUGACCUAAUUACCAUGUUUGUUCCAGUAGCUUCAUGAGGUUCAUUGUUUUUUCCAUUUUUUUUAAUGUAUGGUGGUUUUACUUUGCCAAAUACAACAUCUUUAUACGUCUCUUUGAAAUUUAAAGCAUUGACGAGAUGAAGAACAUGUUUGAGAUGUGUACUGUAUAUGAUUGUUCACCUACAGAGAUUAUCUGUCUUUGUUAUAAUGACUAGGUUAAACAUUGAUUCACUGAAGUAACAUUUGGCGUAGAUGGCUAAGGUGCUCUAGUGAAUCACAACCAGGUAUGAUCUUUUGUCUCGUACCUCUUUAAACACGACAUACUGACAAAAUAAUUAUUUGGUCUCAUUUAUGAAAUCAAUUUUGUUAAUGCUCUGAUGUCACAAUACCUACCAUUAGAUUCAAACAAACAACAGAGGUAGAUAAAAGUAAUUUUGGGUUUCUAAGUGAAAUAUCUGUGUUGAAGUGCGAGAAAAAAAAAUUACCCAGUACUCCAAAAUCAUGAAAGUGUGGAAAUCAUUGUGUUCUGUUGGUUUACUAGUACAAUUGAUUUUUUAACUGAUCUUACUAAUCAAUAAUACAUUGUAUACUCCCUCGUUUAUAUUUGUCUUUCAUGAAAUCAGAUUAACAACAAGUGCUAAUGUUCAACAUUCCUGUUUUUAAGAAUUUAAUUUGGAACUGCUGGGCUAUCUAGUCAUACCUGUGUUUAAAGCACAAAGUGCUCUGUGUGUAUUUUCUUGACAUUCGUGGUUUUCAGAUGUUGCAUGCGUAGUGCAUUAAAAGGCCUGAGAGUAAGUGAAUGCAGUGCUGUUGUCACUACAACAGACCUAGUGUACAGUGUGCAUUAAAAGGCCUGAGAGUAAGUGAAUGCUGUGCUGUUGUCACUACAACAGACCUAGUGUACAGUGAGUUUCGUGGUGUAGAAAAAGCAUCAUGUAUGGUCCUGGUAUCUCUUUCUGUGGUAGUAUUACAUGUGACAUAGUAUUAUAAUAUAUAGCACUAAAAUGUCACUUCCUGGUGUGAAGCCCACUCACGUUAAACCUGAUUGAAGGUCUAAUUGGACACCAUGUCCAGUACUUCACUGUAGUAGGUCAUGUUAAUUUUUCCAAUAAGGUGUAAUUAUAUGUUAUACGUGAUAGAUUCUUUCAAUUUGAAUUGACAGAAAAUCACAAAAAAAGUGUCUCAUAUUGUUUACUUGAUCAAUAAUGCCACAAAAUUUGUUAUGUAAUAAAUAAAUGUUAGGUAACGCCACAAAAUUUGUUAUGUAAUAAAUAAAUGUUAGGUAACGCCACAAAAUUUGUUAUGUAAUAAAUAGAAGUUAGUGGUAUGAUGAAUUAGCUGUGAUGUAGCUAAAUCUUCAGACAAGUUAUAAAGUAACCGUCGGAGACAACUUGACACCCAUCCACAUGACCCUGACUUGUGAGGAUGAUAGGCCCCAUACAUUGAUACAAGGCUAUGGUAAAACGUGACUUUGUCAACCUUCAAGAAAGUUAGAAUCCACAAAAUGUUUUACGGACCUGUAUGCAGUCAGUAUAUCUUUUAGAAACAUGUUGUCCAUUGUCAUUUUCAAUAAAGCAAUUCAUAGACUAAUACAUACAGAUCGAUUCAUUACCAUGUUACAUUGAGGACCGAAACUAUUCAUACACAUUUGACUUCACUGAAAGGUUGAUUGUUUUUAAAUAUAUUGUUAUAUAUGUUGUGAUGAAUUGUUGAAUUGUUACCACUGUCCAUAUAAGUAUUAGCUAGUGUUUUCUACCGGCUAUAGGUGUUGAUGUUUAAGUACAUUUCUCAUGCAAUAUAUUUAUAACUUGAUUAAUGAUAAUGAUGUAAACCUUAGUAGAUGUCCAUUUUGUCUUCAGAAGAGACAGAAAGAACUCAUUGUCAUUGUUGUAAACCAUGUGUGAUAGUUCUUGUGAGCAAUUUUAAACAUUAAAUAUUGAAUCAGGCUUUCUGAGAUUGAUCUAUGAGUAAAGCUUGUUUCCACUGUGCUGAUCUAUGCAUGUGUAGCACUGAGUGUGAACUAUUAUCUUCUACUUUAUCUCUGAUUUAUAUAUUUAUGACCUUAGUAGAACGUGGUUAUUCUGUACAUACCGCAUGAAAUAAACAGAGAUUCAUACAGAACCUGAGAGACUGAAAUCAUAUCUACUGUGGUUGGAAUGUGUCCAUCUGGCAUCAGGGUUUCUCUGUAGAACAGUUGAGCUCCAUCAGGGUUUCUCUGUAAAGCAGUUGAGCUCCAUCGGGGUUUCUCUGUAAAGCAGCUGAGCUCCAUCAGGGUUUCUCUGUAAAGCAGUUGAGCUCCAUCAGGGUUUCUCUGUAAAGCAGCUGAGCUCCAUCAGGGUUUCUCUGUAAAGCAGCUGAGUUCAUCAGGGUUUCUCUAGAACAGGUGAACUCCCUCAGGGUUUCUCUGUAGAACAGGUGAACUCCCUUAGGGUUUCUCUGUAGAACAGGUGAGCUUCAUCAGUGUCUCUGUAGAACAGGUGAACUCCCUUAGGGUUUCUCUGUAGAAUGUGUGAACUCCAUUGAUGUUUCUCUGUAGAAUGUGUGAACUCCAUUGAUGUUUCUCUGUAGAACAGGUGAGCUAUCACAAUAGUUCCCCCGAUACUUUACACCUCAGCUGUAUAUCCAGUAAUCUGCACUUGGUUCUGAUAUUACCCAGUUACAUGUUACAUACCAGCAUUGAUAGGCCAACUUCAAUGAUAGACUAUAGAUAGGAAAUAAAUGUUUAAUAUCAAGUU